AUGAAUACUACACAAGACACAUCUAAAACCCCCCACAGAUGGCAAAUGGAACUAACAGACUGCAUUGCAUCAUACAUGAAAGCCAGAUUUCAAGAGGAGGCCUAUCAUCACCCAAUCAAUGUUGGGAAAAAUCAGGGUGGAAAAACCUGCAAUGCAGAAGCUGCUGAGAGAUAUGCAGAAGUGACUGAGCCAUCCAUUCUGGUGACCAACUCAAACACCAUCUGCAUUUGGUAUUUGCCAGAUGCUCUCAGCCCAAAAAGAAGGGCCAAUGUAUGGAACUGCCUUCAUCUUCUAAGGGAACCACUGUGGGAGAGCAUAAAGGCUUCCCCACAGGCAUGGCAGAUGGACAAGGCAUAUUUCCACAAUAAUGCUGAGUUGAAAGGCACCAUCAACCUGUCACCCACAUGGUUUCAACAGGGUUAUGGGGUGGAUGGCAGGGAAGCAUUGAUCCACCUUGGCGAACAGGCAAAACAGCAGGCAGAUUCAGAUAUGAGCUCCACAUAUAGCAGCAUGUCCAUGAUGGUGAAUUGGGCAACUUGUUACCACAGGGAUAUCAAUGGAUGGGAUCCAUGGUAUGACAUGCUGGUAACCAUAGGCAACUACCUGCCCUUGGACUUUGUCAUUCCAAUGUUGAAUCUGCGGCUAUGCUACAACCCAGGGAUGAUCAUUGCAUUUUCAGGUUCAGCAUUGGAGCAUGGGGUGGGAGCUGUAGAUGGUGACAGAGCAUGCCUGGCAUACUACAUGUGUGCCAAUGUACAUCAGUUGGUGCACAUUCCCAUGUGUCAAUCACUGCAGGUGGACAACCUACUACCUAGACCAGUUGCAACUGGAGAACUGUUGAUUUGA